AUGCUCGGUGCUGAAGGACUUCACCAGAUCGGUUCAUCCAUUGCCGUAAUCCGGCAAAUGUACGAUCUCGGAGUGCGCUAUAUCACUCUAACUCAUAAUUGCGACAAUCCAUUUGCAACUGCAGCCACAACAGUGACCAAAACAGGCAAGGACAGUGGACUGAGUGAUUUUGGACGUGAUGCGAUCCGUGAAAUGAACCGACUGGGCAUGAUGGUAGACCUCUCCCACACAUCUCACCGAACAAUGCGAAAUGUCAUCGCUGUGACUCGGGCACCGGUGAUAUUCUCUCAUUCGGCGUGUUAUGCACUUGCCAAGACCUUGAGAAAUACCCCUGACGACGUUCUUCGCAUGCUCCCGCACAAUGGAGGUCUAAUCAUGAUAUUCUUUGCGAACAAAUUCAUUCGCCCCGACAAUCCGGAAAAGGCCGGUUUAGAAGAUGUGGUGGAUCACAUCUUUCAUGCUGCCACCGUCGCUGGCUGGGAUCAUGUUGGAAUUGGCAGUGAUUUUGAUGGGACACCCGGAGUUGCUAAUGGGAUCGAUGAUGUCUCGGCAUAUCCGAGGCUCAUUGAAGCUGUGAUGCGACGUGGUGCAACCGAUGAGCAGGUGCGAAAGCUGGUGGGAUUGAAUAUUCUGCGUGUUUGGGAGGAAAAUGAGAUUGUGUCGGCUCAGAUACGGGGUGAGAUGGAUUCACGACCUGUGGAGAGUUAUUGGGAGGGAAGAACACAACCCACUUGGGAUGGUCCAUUACCUUCAUUGAAGAUUGAUAAAUCAUAA